UGUCACCCCGUGGAAGAUUUCGUCUUGGGGUAGUGAGCAUAAAAACCCCACCGCACCUCCUGUUGGUGAUAAUACCUCCCAUGUAGAUCUCCGACAGCAUUUCUGACGUAUCUCAAUCAUCAUGAGCACGCUAAGGUGGUUGCCCGUCGCAGCAGCCUGGAUGGUACUACUAUUGGCACAUGGGCCGACAUCCUUACACGGUCUCAGUUGCUGGGCGCAACGUGACGAGGACAGCGAGACGUGCGGCCUGCUGAUAGCGGAGAACAUGACGGUGGAAGAAUGUUGCGAGAACAAUGGUGACAGCAUCUCCUGGUCCAAUCUGGACGACAUCUCAGCAGAGGAUCUCUUUAAGUAUGAGACCCUGUACGGAGGAGUUCCGGACUGCCAUCUUUGCGAAAGAACUUGCGAGCAGACGACAUGCCCGACCGGCCGGAAGUGCGUCGUGAAGAGCGGAAAGCCCCGUUGCGUCUGCAAGCCGAACUGCACGCAUAACAGCACGUCGCACCGAGGGCCUGUGUGCGCCAGCAACAACAAGCAGUACAGGAGCAUGUGCGCCUUCCUCAAGAUGAAAUGCCGCCAACAGGAUGGUUACGAUGACCUCCACGUGUCAUACCUCGGAGAGUGUCAAGACUCUUGCGACGACGUGGAGUGUCUCAACGACAAAUGUUGCGUGGAGGACCAGCAUGGCCGGCCGCAUUGCGUGUCCUACAGCGCCAUCACGUGUCCGGGCCCGUUCAGGGAAGACUUUGUGUGCGGCGCCGAUAAUGUGACUUACGAGACGCUGUGCCAACUCCGCCGGACGUCUUGCUCGAGGGGCAAUAUCAUCUCUGUUGCGUACGAAGGCAAAUGCGAAAACCUGACUUCCUGCAAUGACACGAUAUGUGUGGACCGCAAGCAAUGCUUCUGGGACCAGGCGGCCAACACCUCCCGCUGUAUCCUUUGCAAUUACACUUGCAGCGGCUGGGCGGACGAGGUACCGCUAUGCGCCUCUGACAACCAGACCUACCAGAGCUGGUGUGCAAUGCAGGAACACAUAUGCCAGACCGGGGAGUACGUGGAAAUCGUGAGCUGGGGAACAUGUGACCCAGACGGACGCAACUACGGUUUAAGCGAGCCUGGUUCCGGAGAGUACCGAGGCUACGACCAGAUAUACUUCACCCCCAGCAGCAAACAGGUGUUGUCGGAGCUGCGCUCCAGCAUGUACAGGAAUCAAGAGCGAGACGACGACAACGCCACCACAACACAGCCGCUCAUGACCACCACACUACAGCCCGACACCAUCCCGCAGUACAACGACGACAGCGGGAAUGACGGUUCCUCCCAGCCAGUGACGGAGGCUGCAGAGGACAGCCAAAAGUAGACACCGCCAAGCUGCAGUGUCUUUUGGACGUCCCAAAGUGCGAGAGGACUUUUUAAGCAAAUUUAGACGGUAUCAAGUGUUAGUGUGGAAAGCUGGAGCAUCAAAGAAUUGUUUGCAGAACCAGUCUGGGAAAUUAUAGGUUUUCCUGUACAAUUUCGGAAAAUAUGUAAAUGAAUAGUAAUAGCAGCAUUCGUUUUCGAGCGAAAUGGAACGAACAUUCAAAUCCCCGUUUCUAUUUAACAAAAAUUCUAUUUCAUUGAGGGUGCAUUCAGUCGUUAUUGCACUGGUUUAAAAUGUUGACACUGAUUUGUGCGCGAAAUCGGAUGUACCUCUGCAAUCCCGCAUUCAUCUGAAUUUGAACUCAAUCUUUCACAGAAUGUGCAGGUGAUUUCCCGCGGAGUGUUAUCUAAAGGUAUGCCUGGUCAAGAAUUGGAAUUCGUUUGUGUGCUAACAAAAGUUAUAUUCUUAGAAGUGUUUAGUUGAAUCGUUAAAUGUUUGAAUAUUCAUGACUGAAAUAGACGGUUCGUGUUGUCUUUAAAAACAUACCAGCUAUUGUAAUAAUCCUAUACAAAAACCGACGCUUAGGCAACCUUUCCUUCUCAAGCUUCGUUUUUGCCACAAUCAGAGUUCACACUUGGCCUUCUUGCAGUGGCUGAAGGGGAAGAUAAAAACAAUUACAGGCUUUAUUUGGUGUACAGUUUGAUAACAAAUACACUAUAAUCCUUCAUGAGUAACAUUACAUUCAUUAUCAAAAUGGUGUCAUGAU